ACUUUCCCACUGCCCGACAACCGAAAUGGCCACACCAGCUACCUCAAACGCCCUGAACGCUGCAUCCAGACUCGUCCGCUCGCACUCACGCAUCCUGUCAUGUCGCCUGUCCUGUCCACCUCGACCUCCCGCUGCCCUGCUCAACACCCGUCUCAAGCACUCGGAUACCACCUCUCCGCCACAUGAUCGCAAGCCUAUCAAGCGUCUCUCUCCUCGCUCGCAGAACACCACAACCUCUCUUCGUCGUGUCGCCCUCGAAGCACAGCGCUCUCGCGACUCUCUGAUUCGCCGCAGUGGGAAGCAUGGCUUCGUAGAUCCCGACAUUCACACCAACCAGGUCACGGCUUAUUGCGCUGCUGAGCAGUACGACAUUCCCACUGCCACCCGUGUGCUCAAACAAGAGGGUUACUGUCUUGAUCCUUGGAACACUGCCUUGUACCCUCAAGUCAUUCAUUUCCAGACUCCCGACUACUCCACUACCGACGCCUCCGGUCAAGACUCUUCUGCCGCCCCGGGAGACGUCUUUGUCUUUCCUUCGGGCACGCUUGUCUGCUGGAAUGUUCCCGAGCACGUCCAACUGAACCUAUUGCAUCGCCUUCUUCUUCCCGCCGCCGAGAGUCCCCAUCUCGACCGUAUCGAGAUUGAAGAUCUUGAAUACAUCCAAGACUCGUCUCACCAUACCAGCGAAAUCAUUGGAGAUACAAUCAUCCUCGGUACAAAGCCUUCCUCGACCGAAUCCUCCACUGAAGCUGCGACCCCUCUUCCUUCGUCAGAUGUCGACACAGUCUUGGCCAAGAUCGCCUUCUCCUCAGGCCUGGCUCGCUCCACCAAACUUGCCGUACUCGAGGACCUCUUGUCUUCCUACUUUUCGAGUACCCGCUCUAUCCCCACCAUCUUGUCACGAGGCUCGCCGCUGCGCUUUUCAAGAUCCUUCAUCUUGCGCAAAACCGGCGAGCUUCUAUCCAUACGCGCACAGCUGAAUCUAUAUUCUGAACUUACUGACAGCUUGCCAGACAUCUUUUGGGACAGUCCCUCCUCUCUUGGCCUGAGUGCUUACUAUGAUGAGGUCGGACGUGCCUUGGAUGUUGGUGUGCGUAUCAAAGUUCUGAAUGAGAGGAUGGAUUAUGCCGGAGAGAUUGCCAGUGUGCUACGUGAAAGACUGAGCGAGAAGCAUUCUACAGGCUUGGAAUGGCUCAUCAUUUUUCUCAUUAGUAUCGAGGUUGGUUUCGAGCUGUGGCGCAUAUGGAGGGAGAGACAGGAGAGACUCGAUCCUGCAAGUACUGAAGCUCUGUUGAGACAUCUGUUGUUGCGUGACAUGCAUCAACAUGACUCCGUGACAUGUCCACGGUGAUUGUCCGAUCAUUUGCAACCAGAGUCACAUACAUUGCACGGCAAAGAAGAAGAAAUGUGUGAUGCAAAUCGCUGUGUUUGAUCAUAUGAAAAGCUGUCUCUAUGUGCUGCUGUCUUGUAAUAGGAGAUGGACUCCAUGCUGUCUGCGCUUGUGCGUUAACGAUGCUGUCUGCGUUCUUGCGAUAACCCUGCUGUCUGCAUUCUUGCGAUAACCCUGCUGUCUGCGUCCUUGCGCUAACCAUGCUCAGUGAGGCGAACAAAAGAAACAAAGCUCAAAAGCAACAGAGCCACACAAUCCUCAUCCCAUGACAACCGCCGAUGAUAACAAUGUUUCAUCUCAUCUCAAGUUCAAAACAUGAUCAGAGCUGCCACCAUGCACAAGGCAAGAG